AAGGAGUGGCACCAUCUCCUGUCUGCAAGCUGUGUUUUCGGCUUCUAUCGUAGAGGAAAAUGGCUUCACGAUCAGAGAAGGAUUUCUGCUGUCCUGCCUGCUAUGACAUCUUCAAAGAUCCUGUCCUCCUGUCAUGCAGCCACAGCUUCUGUAAAGUCUGCCUGGAGAACUGGUGGAGAGGUAAACAAACCCAUGAAUGUCCAGUAUGUAGAGCAAAAUCUGAAUGGAGCGAUCCACGUUGCAACCUGGCGUUAAAAAACCUGUGUGAGGCCUUUUUACAAGAGAGAUGUCAGAGAGCUUCUUUAGAGUCUGAGGCGCUCUGCAGUCUGCACGCCGAGAAACUCAAACUCUUUUGUCUUAACCAUCAGCAGCCAGCGUGUCUCGUCUGCCGAGAUGCGAAAAUACACACCGACCACAGAUUCAGACCCAUCGAUGAAGCUGCACAAGAUCACAGAGAGGAGGUCCAGAAAUCCCUGAAGCCCUUACAGGAGAAGUUAAUGGUAUUUAAUCAGGUUAAAGGAAACUGUGAUCAAACGGCAGAGCACAUUAAGGCGCAGGCUCGACAGACAGAGUGGCAGAUUAAGGAGCGGUUUAGGAAGCUUCACCAGUUUCUACAAGAGGAAGAGGAGGCCAGGCUGGCCGUUUUGAGGGAGGAAGAGAAGCAGAAGAGUCAGAUGAUGAAGGAGAAGUCUGAAGCUCUGAGCAAAGAGAUAGCAGCUCUUUCACACACAGUCAGAGCCACAGAGGAGGAGCUGAGAGCUGAAGACUUAUCAUUCCUGAAGAACUACAAGACCGCAGUAGAAAGAAUCCAGCGGUGCCCCCUGCUGGAUGAUCCAAAGCCGGGGUCAGGAGCUCUGAUCGAUGUGGCCAAACACUUGGGCAACCUGACCUUCAACAUCUGGAACAAGAUGAAGGACAUGAUCUCCUACACUCCUGUGAUUCUGGAUCCAAAUACUGCUCAUCCAGAACUCAUCCUGUCUGAAGAUUUGACCAGCAUGAGACAUGGAAAGAGGAAGCAGCUCCCUGAAAACCCGGAGAGGUUUGAGUACUGGGAUUCUGUCCUGGGCUCAGGCUUCAACUCGGGGACUCACAGCUGGGAUGUUGAGAUCGGAGACAACACGGACUGGGAACUGGGAGUGUUAGCAGAGUCUGUUUGCAGGCAGGUAUUCACGGGAUCUACAGUAUGGAGCGUAGAACACAGUGAUGCUGGUUACAGAGCUUUCUCCUCAACACAUAAAUACACCGCUCUCCCAAUCAGAGAGAAGCUCCAAAGCAUCAGAGUUCAUCUGGACUGGGACAAAGGAGAGCUUUCAUUCAGUGAUCCUCAUACUAACACACACAUACACACCUUCACACACACUUUCACUGAGCGACUGUGCCCGUACCUUUGCACCACGAAUACACUCCCUCUGAAAAUAUUGCCGGUAAAGAUAACAGUGGAAAGGCACAACUGAAUCUAUCUAUCUAUCUAUACAUACUCCUAAAUUGAGUUCUAAUGACUUAUUCCUUAACAUAUGCAUAGUUGUGAAGGUCUGUGUGAUGUAACUAUUGUUAUUUUUGCUCAUGUUUGUGGGUAUAAGAACUCUUAACACAUUCACGGAGUCUGCGCAGAUGUUUUCUGUAUGUGAAACAUACCUGCUUAUGUAGACACCAAAUAUACACUGUAAAAAAAAAAUCG